CGUCAUGUUAAGAAAUACUUUUUGUUAUUGUUAAAUUAUUAAUAAUAAAUCUAAUCUAGUGUUUGUGUAAAGUAAUUUGUGUCGGAUUAAUGGAGAUUGAAGGGAUUUGUUGUAAAGGUCGUACUAUGCAUGUUGGUCGCCUUCGCCUGCGCCGUUUCGGCCCAAUUUGAUUUCAGUGGCGAUUUCGGCGGCCCUAGUGCUUUUGCGGCCCUUGAACAACAACCCAGGAUCGGAGUCAGAGACCCCAGAACCGAUAGAGGACCAGUACAGUUUCCAAUGUCCCCACCUGCAAGUUUCGAAACCAGUGGCGUAGUCAUCGGAGCUUCUGUUACGGAUUCGUCCCUUCAAGCCGAGGAUUGCCCAGUAGGUCUUAGACGAGUAGCAAACCUUAAAUCUUAGACACAAACCUAAAAACCAAACACCUCACCCAUAGAAAUGUAAUAGUAACCACAUUUAUUUAUAGUAACUGUAGAUGGAGAUACAUUAACACGUUA